UUUAGGAGAAGAAUUUCCUAAAUGACAAGACUUUAUCUGCCUGUGGAAUAAUCUGAGGAAAUGAGAUUUUGGAUUUGACAGAGGCAAAACCCCAUUAGCAGAACCACAAUAAAUGUGCAGCAGGAAAAAAAUGUGGACAGGAGGAAACUCCGAGCCUCCUAUGUGGAAACACUCAGAAGGCUUUGGCAGCCAGUUCUGCAGAGUGAAGGAGCAAGCACCAGACCCACCCCAAGCACUUGAUGCCACAGCACAACCAUAAAUAGCAGCUCUGGGCUGCUGCCCCAUCCUGCACAGGAAAAGCUGCCCUGCCACACUUCCCUGGGACUCUGAGCACUCAGCCUGCCCUGCCAGCCCCACUGCAGCACAGGGACAGGGGCCAGACAGGCUGGAGAUGGAGCUGCUGGCCGUGCUGGGCUGUGCCCUGCUGCUCCCCACGGUGCUGGGGGAGGAUUGUCCAUCCCAGUGCAGCUGCUGGUCCCUGGGGGAGCCCUGGGGGACAGGGGUGGACUGCAGCUCUCGGGGGCUGCGCACCCUGCCCGCCCUGCCCCGCCUGACCCGCAUCCUGCACCUGCACAACAACAGCCUGGCCUCCAUCCCCGCCGGGGCCCUGGACAGCCUGGGCCACCUGCAGGAGCUGCGGCUGUGGGACAACCCCUGGCACUGUGACUGUCACAUCCUGUACCUGAAGCUGUGGCUGCAGGAUUUCUCCGCGCCCGCGCUCGCCCGGCUGCACUGCGCCAGCCCCGCUCCGCUCAGGAUGAAGCCCCUGGGGCAGCUGACUGGGAAUGACCUGGGUGUCUGCACCAGGCUUCUCCCGACCAAGUGUCUCCAGUUCUUCUGGAGAGACCUCAUUUUAAUUGCUGGGGCAGUAAUUACCCUCCUUCUAGUGGCGUGGGCUCUGAAGUUCUCCAAAAAGCUGGUGUGCCAGCUCCACCUCAGGAGCCGGCGGCUGAGGAGGAGCAUCCUCAAAACCCACAAGGUACUGUGAGCUCUUCCCUGCCCUGGGAAAGAAACUCCAAACUCCUCCACAACAAAAAAGCACUGGCAGCACUGGUUUGAAUAGUCAGUGUUAAAAAAGCCCAAAGUCUGGGUUCUCAGGAGAGCUGGAUUUAAUUUUUGUCCAAAAAGAAGCUUGGUGAAGUUUGGACAGACAACUUCUGUUGCAGACAUCUUUCAGGAAAAAUCCUUUCCUUAGGAUUUUUCCUCCUGAGAAGCUGGGAGGCCUCAGGAACAAAAUGUAAACAAUUGUUAUCUGCUGCUGUGGAAUGCAACAGGUGCAUCUGGGAUUGGUCUCAUGUGGUUGUUUGUAAUUAAUGGCCAAUCACAGUGA